AACCACGCCUCUUUCUAGUAACUUUUGCGCUUCAAAUGUCAGAAAGGUGACACAAACCUCGCCGACUUCCCGAUCCCGCUCUUUCAGUUUUGUUUCCCGGUUUAAAAUGGCGGCUGCAGAAGGUACAGGCGUGACAACAGGUCAACCAAACUUGCAUAAACAGGAUUUACAGAAAUUGGAUGUAACGAAGUUAACAGCCCUAUCACCUGAAGUAAUCAGUCGCCAAGCGACUAUUAACAUUGGUACUAUUGGACAUGUAGCCCACGGAAAGUCUACAGUAGUUAAGGCCAUUUCGGGGGUGCAGACUGUCAGAUUUAAGAAUGAACUGGAACGUAAUAUUACAAUUAAGUUAGAGAGGCUCCAGUUCGAUGAGAACGGUAAAGUGACGUGGCCCGAACACCUCCGAGGAAGAGAAGUGGACUUAACCGCUCUCACAAAAGAAGACGAAAACGACGAAGUAACACCCCAACGCAAAGGUGUGAAGAGAAAGUGGUAUUCUUCCAAAAAAAGAAAACCUGUGAACGUAACAUACGCUAAAGAAUAUGUAGUGGAGAAAAUUCUAGAACACGAAGUACGAUCCGGUAACCAAAUGUUUUUAGUCAAAUGGAAGAAUUACUCGAACGAACACAACACGUGGGAGCCGUUGGACCACUUGGAGCAUUGUCCAGCAGUACUGAUGGACUUCUUCACCGAGAACGUAGGCAAGCAGGUUUUGGAUGCGUUGUCCGAGAAGUUGAACGUUUCGAAUAACUUAAACCAACAUGCGCUAUUGGAAAUGCUAAAACAAGUGGAUUUGACGACAUUACCGGAGAAAGUGACGUUACAAAAAGAAAUCCUGCGAUUGGUGGCGACACCACCGAAAGAACGGUACGUCAAAAAAUUAGAGGAGGGCAAGAGAGCGAUUCUUCUGUAUCAGCUAUUUUUAAAACGGGAAGCUCAACUGGAAAAGCUACAAAACUGGGAAAACUACAUCAACUCAAAGGCAAAAGAAGAGGCGAUCAUCAAAGUGGAAAAUAACUUCGAUUUGGAAGAACCACCUGACGAUUUCGUGUACAUAAACGCAUACAUAGCUGGAAACAACGUGGAAAUACCAUACAAGCCAGCAAGUGGAUGCGACUGCGACGAAUGCGGCCCUAGAAAAAAACAGUGCUGCGGCCGCCAGGACCCCAACAGUUUCACCUACCGCAAGCGGGACAAAAUCAACAUCAUCCCGGGAAUGGCGAUUUACGAAUGCAACGAUCUGUGUAAGUGCGGGCCCGAUUGUAGAAACAGGGUUGUGCAAAAAGGGCGCAAAGUGCCGCUUUGCAUCUUUCGUACAAAAAACGGCUGUGGUUGGGGGGUGAAAACCUUGCGGAAAAUUCAUUACGGGGAGUUUAUUUGCGAGUACGUCGGAGAAGUCAUCACGCACGAAGAAGCUGAAAUCAGAGGUCAUACCUACGAUGCCGAAGGCUUAACGUACCUCUUCGAUUUAGACUACAAUUCUAAAGAUAACCCGUACACUGUUGACGCUGCGAAAUACGGAAACGUUUCGCAUUUUAUUAAUCAUUCGUGUGAACCGAAUUUGGCAGUUUGGGCCGUUUGGAUUAAUUGCUCUGAUCCGAAUCUACCUCAGUUGGCUUUGUUUUCGUUGAGGGAAAUUGAGAAAGGGGAAGAACUAACGUUUGACUACAUGACGAAUAAUAUGGUCUCGCCUUCAAAUACUCCUGAGAAGUCGAGACCUAAGCUACAGACACCGGAGAAAAAUGAAAUUUUAGCAGGAAGGUCGAUUUGUAAAUGUUCGGCCGAUUCCUGUCGGAGAUAUUUGUUUAAUUAAAGUGAUGAUUGUUAAGCAAGUAAAAAUAAAAAAGAAACUAAUUUGAAAUGUGCUAGCGCAUUUAAUUUUCUUUUCAACAAUCUUGUCUUUGAAUUUCAACACAAUCAGUGACGGCUAACAUGGAAAUUUAAAGACGAAGAUAGUUGGAGAGAAGAUAAAAUUGCCCGGUUUAGAUUACUUUAUUAAAAUGUAUGUAUGUUUUUCUGUUCAAGCUUCUAUUUAGUUUAUUCAUUCUAUGUUUUAUGAAAGGCGCCGCUGAUUGCUUUAAGUUGUUGAGUUAAGAUUACAAUAUGGAGGGAAAUACGUUACAGUAUGUUGUUACAGUGUGGUUUACUUGUAGAAUUAGUAUGGAUUCUAGUACUGUUUACACUAAUUUAAAUCCAGCGUUCUUAUACCACUUGUUUAUUAUUAUUAAUUGUAGUUGAAAAGAAUACAGUGGUGUGAGAAGGCCUGUAUACAAUUUCAAACUAUGUGUUCUCACUUGUUAGGAGUACGUGCAGUAAUUUUAUCACUGCCUUUUUACAAUCGAUCUGUUUUAAAGUAUAGUUGAUAUUUUACUUUAGUAAUAAACUAUAUGCACAAA